CCGGCAGAAAUCUAAACCCGUGAUUAUCAUGGGACUCAAAACCAGGAAAAAAAAUAAGUCAAAAAGAUUAAGAGCCAGAGAAGCAGUCUUCAUAUACGCGGCCAGCCAGCGGACAGAGGACUCUCCCAUUAAGGAAGGUGUCCUGUGCCCUGACCCUACAAGAUGCCAAGAGAAGACGCUCACUUCAUCUAUGAUUACCCCAAGAAGAGGCACGGCCACUCUUACAUCACAGCUGAAGAGGCCGCUGGGAUCGGCAUCCUGACAGUGAUCCUGGGAGUCUUACUGCUCAUCGGCUGUUGGUAUUGUAGAAGACGAAAUGGAUACAGAGCCUUGAUGGAUAAAAGUCUUCAUGUUGGCACUCAAUGCGACUUAACAAGAAGAUGCCCACAAGAAGGGUUUGAUCAUCGGGACAGCAAACUGUCUCUUCAAGAGAAAAACUGUGAACCUGUGGUUCCCAAUGCUCCACCUGCUUAUGAGAAACUCUCUGCAGAACAGUCACCACCACCUUAUUCACCUUAAGAGCCAGCAAGACACCUGAGACAUGCUGAAAUUAUUUCUCUCACACUUUUGCUUGAAUUUAAUACAGACAUCUAACGUUCUCCUUUGGAAUGGUGUAGGAAAAAUGCACGCCAUCUCUAAUAAUAAGUCAGUGUUAAAAUUUUAGUAGGUCAGCUAGCAGUACUAAUCAUGUGAGGAAAUGAUGAGAAAUAUUAAACUGGGAAAACUCCAUCAAUAAAUGUUGCAAUGCAUGAUACUA